AGCUCCUGGGUUUCUAUGUCAGCGUUGCUUUUUUCUCUGUAAAGGCAACUAGUCCUGUGCCUCGUACUUUCGCUUUUUGGAAAUUUGGUCCGGCGCUUCGUAUUCUGUCGAGAAAUCGCCCCUUUCUUCGGCUUCUGAUCUGAUUGCUCAAAAUCGAAACUUUUGUGGGAACAGCGCGUUAUUCCGUCUCUCCCGUUGAGUCCCGUGGAGACCCAGAGGGAUGGCUGAAAAAGUCGUAGCUGCUAAUCCGCCCACUGGCGAACCUCCUGCUUUUGAGUAUGAGUUAUUUGAAGGCGAUCCCGACCACCUGAGGACCGUGGUGGCCACGUCAAACCAAUCAACCCUGUGGAUUGACCCUGCCACUAUGAAACUUAGGCAUAGAAUUGGAAGGGGCUUGUUUGGUGAUGUUUGGUUGGCAACUCAUCAUCAGUCAAGUGAUGAUUAUGAAGAGUACCAUGAAGUGGCUGUCAAGAUGUUACAUCCUAUCAAGGAGGAUCAUGCAAGAGCUGUGUUAGAUAAAUUUAAGGAUCUUUUCACCAAAUGUCGAGGGACCGAAGGUGUUUGUUGGUUGCAUGGAGUUUCUAUUUUAAAUGGAAAAAUAUGCAUUAUCAUGAAAUUUUAUGAGGGAUCCGUUGGUGACAAGAUGGCUCGUCUCAAGGCCGGAAAGCUCUCACUGCCAGAAGUUUUCAGGUAUGGUGUUGAUUUAGCUCAGGGUGUAUCAGAGCUGCAUUCAAAAGGGAUUCUAGUCCUCAACCUUAAACCUUGUAACUUCCUUCUUGAUGAAAAGGAUCGAGCAGUUCUUGGAGACAUUGGUAUACCAUCUGUACUUCUCGGAAUCCCAUUGCCCAGCUCAGAUUUGACUCGCAAGCUAGGAACCCCAAACUACAUGGCCCCUGAACAGUGGCAACCAGAUGAAAGGGGCCCUAUAUCCUUUGAGACUGAUUCCUGGGGCUUUGGCUGUUCCAUUGUGGAGAUGUUAACUGGUCUUCAGCCUUGGUUUGGUAUGUCUGUCGACGAAAUAUACAACUCAGUUGUAAGAAAGCAGGAAAAACCACGGAUCCCAAGUGGGCUACCUCCUCCAGUCGAGAACGUUCUACUGGGAUGCUUCGAGUAUGAUUUUAGGAGCCGUCCAUUAAUGACAGACAUUUUGCAAGCAUUUAAAAGUGCACAAAAUGCGGACUAUAAUGAAGCAGGAUGGAGAGAGAUUGGGAGUAGGGUAGGUAAAACAGGUAGCCUUGGUUACACAGAGUGGUUUCUUUCAAAGGAUCAGCUCCAAGUGGGUGAUGCCGUGCGUUCGAGAAAGCCAUUGAAGUCAUGCAAGCUAGAAAAUAUGGAUGUCCCUGAAGGAGUGAUUGUGGGCCUGGAGCGCGACACAGAUCGAGAUGGCUUUGUGCUGGUGAGGGUUCAUGGCAUCCAUGACCCCUUGAGAAUUCACAUCUCGAAAUUAGAGCGAGUCACUCAUGGCCUGGCUGCUGGAGAUUGGGUGCGGUUGAAGGAGGAGGACAAGAGGCACUCGUCUGUGGGCAUUCUCCAUUCCAUUGACCGCAACGGAAGCGUCACCGUCGGAUUCAUCGGGAUGGAGACCCUUUGGAAAGGAAGUUCUUUGGAUUUACAGAUGGCGGAAUCUUACUGCGUAGGCCAAUUUGUACGAUUGAGAGCCAAUGUUCUUAGCCCUCGAUUUAAGUGGCCGCGUAAAAGGGAAGGCACUUGGGCCACGGGGAGGAUAUCUUGGAUCUCACCGAACGGGUGCCUCAUUGUGAAGUUUCCGGGGUUGUUGACAUUUGGGGAUGAAUCGAGCAGCUUCAUGGCCGAUCCAGCGGAGGUGGAAAUGGUCACUUUCGAUACCUGUCCUGGGAUUGUGAAGAAAUACCAGCACCUUGAGGAUUUUCAUUGGUCAGUGAGACCGCUUGUCAUUGCCAUCAGUCUAUUCACUGCCAUGAAGCUCGGAGCUUUUGUCGGCAAGAAAAUGGGAAGAUCAACCGUCAAAAAGCCACACGGAAAAGAGCAUCACGGCGAGCGUCAACAGGUGGACGGCCAAGCCGCAAGUAAUCCAGCUUGGCUUCCGCCUCCGGUGGCCAACAUCCUUUUCAGAGAAGGCGUCAGCGCUGGUGCUCAAUAGCCGUGCUUCCGAAGGUUAGCCGGGGUUUACCUUCUGAAAUGAUGAUGUCGUGGGAGACAAUGUCGUUGCAUAUAAUCACUUUGCUUGCAGACGGGCAAGUCCUGAUGUCUUAACUGUUAUCUUUUAAGCGUGUAUAUGUUCUUUUCCGUCAA